UCCAGCAACAGAUACUCAAUUCACUCGCUCUAUAUCCACGCACCUCAACUUUCGUUUCACAACUAACACUUCCACGAUACCCUUUUCUGUUAGCGAUACCCCAGUUACUCAAGUUCUACUCCACUACUACUCAAAAAAUGAUUAUGAGUCCUCCUCUAUCCAUGGAGCCCUUCGCUCCUGUUGGCCCACCAGCAAUUACAAGGCGUCUAUCUCAAAUGCCGCCGCUCCGUUCGCUCAAGACGUUCAACUUACCGCCGGAGCAAGUGGACGAACUGGUGCACCCCGCCUCAGCCGUGUCACAGACUCCCACUUCAGAGAUCUUGAAAGGGCAUCCACUCCGUGUCCUGGUAGCCCCGUCGGGUUUCAAGGAAAGUUUGGGUCCAGAGCAGGUUGCUGAUGCUAUCGAAGCAGGCAUCACCAAGGUCUUGGACAAGGGCUCCGUCAUACUGCGCAAGCUGCCUCUGCACGAUGGCGGAGAAGGCUUUGCAAAGGCACUAGUGGCGACUCACAACGGAAGCAUCAUUGAGGAGACAGUCUUGGGUCCUGUCGGAGAAUCUGUCGAAUCUCACAUCGGCUUCAUCGGUGCCAAUAAGGAGACGGCCGUAUUAGACAUGGCCGCUGCAGCAGGCCUCCGUCUUGUCCCCAAGCAUUUGCGCGACCCGACCGUAACUACCACCUUUGGUGUCGGACAAUUGAUGAAAUUAGCACUUGAUGCAGGAUGCACCAAAAUCAUCAUUGGGUGUGGAGACUCGGGCACAUCUGAUGGUGGAGCUGGCAUGCUCCAGGCGCUUGGUGUCCGUCUUAUAGACGUAGACGGCGAUGACUUGCCCAUGGCAGGUGGUGGUCGGUCCCUGUCUCGUCUAGCCAGCCUGGACUGGCGCAGUAUCCAUCCUCGUUUGCGUGAAGAUUCCCGUAAGUACAUACUCCAACCCCUGAACACGGAUAGACAAUUAAUUCCGUAAUAGCCGAGAAGGUUCAAAUAGAGGCUGUGUGCAAUAUCAAAAACGUGCUUUGCGGCCCCAAAGGGGUUGCGCGAGUUUACGGACCGCAAAAGGGCGCUACACCUGCUCAAGUCG